AUGGCAACACACACGAGCAAGAGACGUAUUCAUCGCUGGGAAAACAAUGAGUUGUCAGAGGAAAAUUCCACAAUAAUAUACUUUCCUGCCCGCGGUUUGAUGUGGACACAUUUUCCUUUCGUUUUAGGGAUUUGUUUAGAGUUCGUGGGUUAUGUGUUGAAAAUAGUCUUUAUCAAUAGCCCCUCGAUUUCGACUUUCAUUGCUCAAUCGGUGCUUCUAUUGAUAGCACCUUCACUUUACGCCCUUAGUAUUUUUAUGUUGUUCAGCAAAAUGGCACGUCUAAUUCUUAUGGAGGCAUAUAUGUUAAUUCCUGCGAAAUUUAGUACAGUUUCUUUCGUAGUGGCAGAUAUGAUUGGGCGUGUCCUACAGGCUGUAGGAGGUGGGUUGUUAUCCUCAUGGAACAGCAGGAAUACUGGGCGUAUCCUAAUUAUUGUGGGUCUUUUCAUUCAGAUAUUUUGUUAUACCUUUUUAACGUUCAGUCAACUUUUUCUUCACUAUAAAAUGAAGGCAACGCCUAGUAAAAUUGUGCGGGAUAGUAAUGAAUGGUUCCAGUACAAUUUUAUACUUUUAGCUGGGAUAUUGCUGGUUAAUGGUAGAACCAUUGUCAGAGUAGUACAAUUUCUAAUGGGCUUACAAAGCUAUAUAGGUCAGCACGAAUGGUGCCUUUACGUUUUCGAUACAGUUCUAAUGUUUUUACUACCUUUGAUUUUCCUAGCAACCUUUCGCGCAAGAAAUUUGUUCAAGCUGCAGGAUAAAUCUGUCAAUAUUCAAUUAAACAAAUUAUUAGACAAGGAAUCUGUGUCUGAAGAUUAA